UGACAGACGUUACCAGAGAGUAGCUAGAACACUGAAAUGGAAUGGCAGGACUCCUCUUUCUGGUUCCUCUAAAAGGUCUUUCUUUAUUAGUGUAUGUCCAUUUCAGUAGAAAUUAUUAAGCUAGAGAUCCACAGAGAGAAAGAGAGAGGUCCAGACUAUGGAAGAGAAGAAAGUGGAGAUUGAGGAGUUGAAACCCUUAAGGAUGAGUAGUACUCCUCCUCCUCCUCCUUCAGUGCUCAAGCCAUUUGUAGAUGGCGGACUCGCCGGGCUUCUUUCCUGCGGUGUCAAUGGGGCCAUCGAUUACUCAAGGUCCAUUUCUAACGACGCUCGAUAUCGAAAUCAUCCUAACUACGUGCUCAAACGCAAGAUGAUUCCUGGGUUGGUUUUGAUUGAUGCUUUUGCUUUUAGUCAGCUACUUGGAUAUUACAACAUUGUGAGAGGAAUAGCAGUUGCUAGAAAUGAUGGCGCACGGCCAAGUCUUUACCAGGAAGCUUCUAGUGGUUUGAUUGCUGGAGUAGCUACAGCGUAUCUCAGAAUUCCAUUCGAGGUAAUUUGUCUACAUAGGCAGGUUAAAUCCAUGGGACCAAUUGCACAGUGGAGUAUCAGAAAACUUAGUGUGUUGCAAAUAUUGAGAGCUGGAGGUCCUUUGUUGAAGAGAAAUGCUGGGUUAGGCAUGGGUAUGGUUGCAGCCUAUAAUCCAAGUGUCCAUUAUCUCAUUGAAACUCAUGGUUUUAGUGAACAGGCUGCAAAAUGUGGUGCAGAAGCUAUCUCAGCAUUCUCAGCAGCAGCUUGCGCACAACUGGCACACCAUGCUAGCUCCUUCAAUUCUGUGCGUCAAACUCUAAACUCAAAAGGACCCCUUGCAUUCUUUGAAGGAUUCUCUGGUCUUUUUUCCCGAACCCUACCAACGGUUGUGCUAUUCUGGGCUUCUUUAGAUGUUGUCCGGGGAAAUUUCCAACCACCAACUGAAGUAUAGCAACCUUUCUCGGUGAAGCAUAGCAGUCUUUGGGUUUUUGCGAUGAGAACUGAUGUUUGGAUCAGUUCAUUACCAUCCGACCUAUCUUGUAUGCAUUUAGACUCUUUGAUAAAUAUUGGUCAAGCUUCUCUUCCAUCAGAAAUCCUGCCCUCCUCUCUUUAAAUCUACCGGUCUGGUUUCAGUUUGCAUGUACACUCUUGACUUUGACAUGACUUAUAUAUAUAUAUAUUCUAUUACAUGUGUGACUUGUAUAAAUAUGAUGAUCUAUUACUGUAUGAUGGUUCACAGCAGAGUCACACAGUACAGCUGUACAGACAGUGGACUCAACACACUAAAAUGGUGUGGCAUUACUCCUCUUUCUGGUUGCUCCAGAAGGACUCUCUAAGAGACCUCAGUAUCUGAGUCUAACCUACUAAGGGA